AUCGAGGUGCUUGCACGGAAGUCAGGCUUCAGAGCAAGAAGACACAGGUGGCUUGAUGCUGUGAUAGUGAGCGUGGAUGUGUGCGUGCCAGGAUUCUGCUUCUGCUACUGGAGCUGUGACAUUAUGAUAGAGACUGGGUUUGCAUAGGCACAGUCAGAAAAGUCUCCAGACCAAAGUUACUUGAGUUGGACAGGUGAAAGACGGGGGAUGGGGACAUUACCGACGGAAAUUAAGAGACUUUUGAACGACUGUGAACUGUUUGUAGGAGAGAUCCUUCAAAAUGAGGAGCUCAGUGAAAGCGCCCAAGAGACGCGGAAAGUGUUGCUGAACAACUUUACGGUCGUCCAUGUGAGAAACCUUCAGGAAUUCCCCUUCCCACCGGACUUCAGGGAGGACGACGGUUCUGAUGACAACCGCAGCUCCAGCCUGGGUCGCUCUCUCCCGUCAGACGACGCCUCUGACGGCCAGGACGACGCGGGCCCUGACAACUUCAGUGACAUCCCUCCUGUGGCGGCUCAGGACCUCAGCAACAUCUUGAAACAAGGCUACAUGGAGAAGAAACGAAAAGAACACAGCUUCUUUGGCUCCGAGUGGCAGAAGAGAUGGUGCGUCCUGAACAACUCAAUAUUCUACUACUUUCGCGGUGAAAAAGACAAACAGCAGAACGGUUCCUUUUACAUCAACGGGUACAGUGUGCAGCUGGUGACCAACCUGAGGAAAGACUCCCGGAGGAACGCCUGCUUCGAACUCGUGGCACAUGGACGACGAGCUUUUCAGUUCACCGCCAGCAGCCCUCAAGAGGCCAGAGAGUGGGUCGACCAAAUCAAUUUCGUCCUUAGAGAUCUCAGCUCCACCUGCAUCCCCUACGACGAGGAGGAGGAGGAGGAGGAAGAGACCUAUGAUGACAUUGAGGGGGUGACCCACCUUCCCCCGCUGGGGCCCGGUGCUGCCCAGGCCUCUCGGAACGCCAGACUGGGCGGAGGGCGGGAGACGGGGGAGGUUGAUGAAGAGGACGAGGAUAUCUACGAGGUGCUGCCAGAGGAUUUUCUGGAUCCAGAUGAGAGCAGUGAGAACCCCGGCAAACAAGCUUGGUCAUCAGAUUACGCUAACUACUACCAGUGUCUAUGGGACUGCCAGGCCGACGAGCCGGAUGAGCUGGCCUUCGAGAGAGGAGAUCUCAUCUACGUCGUUAGCAAGGAGUACAACAUCCACGGCUGGUGGGUCGGCGAGCUGAACGGCGCCGUGGGCAUCAUCCCCAAGGACUUCCUGCACCCUGCUUACAUCCUCUGAGCUCCGACAGAGCUGCUGCUGACAGGCCUCACGGAUAAUCUCAUGACAUUUCAAUAUUCUCUCUGAUACAGACUGUAAAUUAUUAUUCUCUCAUACAAAUUAAAAUCUCUUUGUCAAUCUGC